CACAGCAUACAGUCACAAGACACAAGACUACCUGUCAUAUGGGAUGAGCGUACCCGUCCCUAUCCAGUCCAUCAUUUCUCCCCCUGGAUACAUCACUGUUGAAAAAGUCUCAUCGUCCAAGCAGAUAUGAUGUUGGCCAUCCUUUGCUGCAUGUUGACGGUUGUCGCUGCUUUACCAAAUGUGGAGGAAUGGUAUCAAGUAACUCAGACGGCAAAGAAUGCACCUACGGACCUCUCACCAUAUCACAUCAAAUUUGUAGAGUUCCAAGUAAACCACAAUAAGAGUUACCCGACUGUUCAAGAAAGGUCAAGGAAGUUUGAGAUAUUCAAGACAAAUGUUAAGAUAAUAGAGGAGCAUAACAAGUUGUAUGUAGCUGGACAGAACAAGUUCUUUCUUGGAAUCAACCAAUUUACUGACAUGGACUCGAUGGAAUACUCAAAAUGGCUGGGUUCCUAUAUGGUUCGUAAAAGUGAUCAAAACACGGCUUCAACAUUUCUACGACCUAGCCAUCUCGUGGCACCAGCAGAAGUCGACUGGCGUACGCUUGGUUACGUAACACCAGUGAAAAACCAGGGCCAGUGCGGCGCUUGCUGGGCGUUCAGUGCUACCGGAUCUCUUGAGGGACAACAUUUCAAAAAGACCGGGACAUUGAUAGCUCUGAGCGAACAGCAGUUGAACGACUGUUCUACUAGUUAUGGUAACCAAGGAUGUAAUGGAGGACUCAUGGAUAACGCCUUCCGGUAUAUAGCAGAUAACGGUAUAGAAUCGGAAGCCGCAUAUCCGUAUACUGCCAAGGACGGGGUCUGUCAGUACGACCCCACGAAGGUGGUGGCAAAGUGUACCGGGAUGGUUGAUAUACAAGCCAAUAGUGAAACACAAUUACUGGAAGCCGUGGCCGCCAUAGGACCGAUAUCCGUUGCUAUAGACGCCAGCCAUCCCUCGUUUCAGCAAUAUGCUGGCGGUGUUUAUGACGAGCCUAGCUGCAGCUCUACACAACUAGACCACGGUGUACUUGUUGUUGGUUACGGAUCCCUUAAUGCCAACGACAUGUGGAUCGUCAAAAAUAGUUGGGGAGCUCUUUGGGGAGACCAGGGAUAUGUCAUGAUGUCGCGGAACGCGAACAACCAGUGUGGAAUCGCAUCUAUGGCCAGCUACCCACUCGUGUGAUCCAUUGUAAGCCUGUUUAAACAUCCAAAUACCUUUACUUUAUCUAUCAGCUACUCACACACAGGAUUCAUAAGCAUCUAUGGAUAUCUAAAGCUUUAAAAUCGACGAGUUUGAAGAGAUCAUGCAGAACGUCAGUAUAAAACUGAAAGUCGGAGUCACGUUUGUAUGAAUGUGUCGAUGUACGAUGACAACGACGGAGACCGGGGACCUCGAUAAACUUCCCUGUUAUAUUGUUUGAACUGUGGUAACACAUCAUGUAUAUAUCAUGAUGAAAAAAAGACACAGGUUACAGCGCCAACACAUAAUCUACGGUAAAAGAUAUGGAUCUUAAAAAAAACCUAACUUUUAUAUAAAAGACCUUUCCUUAACAUUUACGUUGUUCCUGGUUCGCAUAGAACUAGGAUGAACUAAGUGUUAAACCGAUAUUUGUUGAUAUUUUGUAUACAAUUGUAUCUUGAAUAAUAUAAAAUAAUUUCAUCAUUGUUAAUAUACGAAAACAUUCAGCGUUGUUGCCUUUAUUGUUGUUACUAUUUUAUGACUAAAACACUGUCUUAAACUACUCAAUCUUAAUAUACCAUGUUGUUGAGUUGUGUUGUUU